UUAUUGGGUUGAUUUUCUUAUCUGGACAAGGUUGGAGAGGGAAUCAAGGCUUUUCUUUGAUAUCAUGUAUUUCGAAGAAUGUAUGAGCAAUGGAGACUGGGAUGAGGUGGAGAAGUAUUUGUCAUGGUUCACAAAGGCAGAUGCUAACCCUGAAUCCUUUAGCAUUUUCUUUGAGAUCAGAAGGCAGAAUUAUUAUGAAGUACAAGACAAGGGUGAUCGUAAAAUGAUGCUGGACAUUCUUAAAAGGGAACUCGAAGUGUUUACUCUUUCCCAAGCGGAUCUUAAUAGGGGACUUGUACCCCUUUUCCAAUUGCACAGCUUCAGAAAACAAGAGAAGCUUUCUGGCCAUGGAGAUGAGAAGUCUGCUAGGAUGCUACUGAUGGCUAAUCUGAAGCAGUUGAUUGAGGCAAAUCCACUCAUUGGUGAUAAGCUUUAGUUUCCUACCUUGCAGAUGUCAAGACCAGAAACACUAGUCAAACUGAGCUUAUGUUGGCAGAUUCAGGAAUGCGAUACUAAAGGAUCUAAUCAUAAACUGCCCAAGAAUAUGAAACGAGGGGUAAUU